UAUCUGACACGUCGAUGACGUCGACGUCAUUACGACAAUCGACGUGCAUAUACACAAAAACAUUAUUUAUGAUUUCUCUUGAAAUUAAUAUGAAACAGUGUUUAGUAAGUGUUUAAAAUGGUAGACGAAGGUACCAGGAAGACUUUGAGUAGCAUUCCAUUGCUUCAAACGAAGGCCGGGCCAAGAGAUAAAGAAUUAUGGGUGACGCGACUAAAAGAAGAAUAUCAAGCCCUAAUUAAGUAUGUCCAAAACAAUAAAGAAGCAGACAAUGACUGGUUCCGGUUGGAGUCGGAUAAAACCGGUACCAAGUGGUUCGGCAAGUGCUGGUAUGUCCACAACCUACUUAAGUACGAGUUCGACUUGGAAUUUGAUAUACCGAUAACCUAUCCCACAACUGCUCCGGAGUUAGCCUUGCCUGGUCUGGACGGGAAGACAGCUAAGAUGUACCGCGGCGGUAAGAUCUGCCUCACUGACCACUUCAAGCCGCUGUGGGCGAGAAAUGUGCCUAAAUUCGGGAUAGCGCACGCUAUGGCGCUUGGUUUAGGGCCCUGGCUAGCGGUCGAAAUCCCGGACUUAAUUGAAAAGGGAGUGAUCCACUACCAAGAGAAAGAGGGAACGAAAUGAUGACAUUCAAAAACUGUAUAUAGAAUUACGAAUAAAAUGUAUAUAUAUUUUUUA